CAUCCAACCUCUCGCAUGUUUAAGUUCUGCCCCGAGUGCGGCGUCAAGGCGACGGCUGGCAGCGCCAAGUUCUGUGCUGAAUGCGGCUUCCGCUUUGAACAAGGCCAGACCACGGCACCUCCUCCUCUCCCUGCAACUCCAGAUGUCGUCAAACCACCCGCUGCCGCCGUUGGAGGAUCCAUUCCCAUGGCUGUGCCUGUCCGCAUGCCGUCGUCCAAGUCAGGCACAUACGUCCCUGUCGCGCACGUAGUUGUUCCUCCAGCGGCGACGGGUGCCGAAGCACAGACAAUCUACGCACAGUGUAUGGACACCAUCCGCGCCUCGCGUGGAGGAAACAACGAGGCGGGCGUCAAGGCGUUCCGCACCAACUGCAAAGCGUACGGACUCAACGAGGUCGAAGCCACCACGUUCCAUGCGAGUCUGGUCGCAGAACUGGGGGCCGAAGCGACGUCGGCGUUGGUGCCGCACCUGGUUCGCCUGAUUCCGGACGAGGACAAGCGCCGCGUGCUGCUCGAGGUCGACGCCGCAACCACGACCGACCAACUCCAGCGCAUGAGUAUCAGCAGCGACGGCGACUCGGAACGCGCGUCGUUCAACGCCAAUUCCAAGCUGAACCCCAACAGCUCCCGCGGGUUUCUAUCUGGACGGUACUCCGACCACCCCAACUGCGACAUCUGCCGCGCCUCCUUUGACGUGUACAAGCGGCGCCAUCAAUGUCGAUUCUGUGGCAUGUAUGUGUGCAGCGCGUGCUCGCCGAUCAAGCUGCUGAUUCCACUGGGCCAGGAAAUCCCAGGCUGUCCUGGCUACGUCGAAGCCGAGCCCCAACGUGUCUGCAUUCAGUGUGCACCUCGCCUCCAUCCGAUGCAAGACGACUUGGUGGCCAAACACGGGAUGCUGCAUCGAGACAACCAACACCAAGCCGCCGGUCGCAUCCACGUACCGUAUAGCUCGACCAUGGAGAAGGAAUGCCGCAACGCCGCCGACAUUGUCGGCAACUUUUUCCGCGACGACUGGGGGGCGUCCAAGGAUCGAAGCAUCCCCGCGUCGUUCUUGGAGAAGGCGCACGGACUAGCCAUCUUGACGAUUGCAAAAGCCGGCUUUCUCAUCUCAGCCCAAGCCGGCACUGGUCUCGUAAUUGCCAAGCUGCCCGACGGGACGUGGUCGGCGCCCAGUGGCAUUGGCACUGUGGGUAUUUCUGGUGGGUUUGAGAUUGGCGGCGAGCUCGUCGAAGUGAUGAUCAUCUUGUACGCAAUCACUCACUCCUCCAUAUUUGGGUUUGAUAGAUGGAUGUUGUGAUGUCUACACAUACAUAGGGGAUCCCCGAAUGCUGUCAAGGUGUUUCACAAAGCCCAGGUGAAUUUGGGGGCGGGGUUAGAUAUUACGGUCGGCCCAUACGGCCGUGCAGCCCAAGCCGCGGCGAUGGUUGGUCCGGGGGGGUUGGGCGCCAACUAUGCAUAUUCGCAGAGCAAGGGGUUCUACGCUGGAUUGUCUCUGACGGGAACGAUCAUCGCGGUGCGGAAGGAGCUGAAUCUCAAGUUUUACGGACGCAGUUUGGAAGCGAGUGCGAUUUUAAGUGGCGACGUGGAACAGCCAAACGCUGCCAAGCCCUUGUACGAAGCACUGCACAACGCGAUGGAAGGCGUCAAGAACCACCGGCUGGAAACCGCCCGGCGUGUCGAAGCGAUGGGCGCGUGUCGGUCGUGUGGCUGCCGUACGUUUGUCCCGCACACGACCCAAGUGUGGAACAAGAACUGCAAAACGUGCAAACAUAUCCACUAAGCACACAAAUGGACAUCCCAAGGCUACUUCCUACCUGUUGUUUGUCGAUUAAGUAGACAAUCAAGAGUAACGUUAGAUGAGAUUAUUAUUGUCGACUUUUCCCCAA